CACAAUGCUAUAAAUCGGGUGUCGGCGCUUGGAGAGUCACAACAGCAGCGGAACACACCGGAGAACGAUGGAGUUUUGCUUAUUGAUCUUACUUGCUUUUUUGCCCUCUUUUUCCAAGGCGCUGGCGCUGCGCUCUCGAGGUGUGUGCCUCCUCCAAGUGGACGAGGGUCCCUGCAGAGCCGACAUAGAACGUUAUUACUACAACACCAUCACUCAAAAGUGUGAGCUUUUCUACUACGGAGGGUGCCAAGGCAACGCCAACAACUUCAAGUCUUAUCAAGAGUGCCACAAAACGUGUUUUAGAAUACCAAAGAUCCCCCAGAUUUGCAGGUUUCCCAUGGAGGAGGGGCCCUGCCGAGGCCUCUUCAGCCGCUAUUUCUUCAACAUGACCACCAUGCAGUGCGAGCUUUUUUACUACGGCGGCUGCCAGGGCAAUGAUAACCGCUUCCCAGAUUUGGCUUCCUGCAACGAGUACUGCAGCCCACGAAAAACGGUUCCUGUGCUGUGUCUGGACCCUCUGGACAAAGGCAAAUGUUCCGCUUCCAUACCGCGCUACUACUACAACAAGUCCACCAAGACGUGUGAGGAGUUCACGUACUCGGGCUGCGGCGGGAGCAGCAACAAUUUCGUCUCCAAGCUAAGCUGCAUGGACGUGUGUGUUAAAGGAGGAAAAAAGAGAACUGGGAAAGACAAAAUACGUCGCUUGAGACGAAAUCGCAUCACUUUCUUGCGAGUAUAGACGAAAUGAGAGAAUAUUAUAAUAUAAUUGAUGUUAUACAGCACACACACAUUUCUCUAUUUUGAUUAUGACCGCAACAUGUUUCUGUUGUAACUUUGAGACUGUAUUUAAUGUAUGUUUUUUUUAAUAACUGUAACUGAAGCACAAUUUUGUACAAAUAUCUAUUUUAUAAAGUAUUUUUUGUAUC